AUGACUAAAUCAAGAGAGAAUCAUAUACCACAGUCCAGAGGGGGAAGAAAAGUAAAGACAGGCUGCAAGACCUGCAAAGCCCGCCGCGUAAAAUGUGAUGAAAGCAGACCAGCCUGCCGCCGCUGCAUCUCAACUGGUCGCAUUUGCGAUGGCUACGGUAUCUGGGGUGGUGGGGGCAGUCCAUACGGCCCACCACAGCCCAGUAAGGCACUAUCCAUCUACUGCACCCCGGUACCAGCUGGCAGUCUAGAUCCCGAAGAACAGACUUGCUUCGACUGGUUCAUGAGAAAAACGACCACCAAGUUCGCCGGUAUAUUCAAAUCUCAGUUCUGGGAAACGCUUGUCUUUCAAGCCAGUGCGCAGGAGCCCGCAGUACGCCAUGCCGUCGUCGCCUUGUCCGCGGCCCAUCGCUUUGAUAUUAGCGCCGGCUCUUGGGUCCCGGCUAUAUAUGGCGUCGAUGCCGAGCGAUUUACUUUGCAGCAGUAUAACAAAGCGAUUUAUCAUCUCCGCAGUGCAACGAUGAAGAAUAAUGCAUCAGGAUCGAGGUUGUCGAAUAAAAAAGCCCUCCGCGUCGCCCUCAUUACUUGCAUGCUCUUUGUUACGCUGGAGUAUCUUCGCGGCCAGUACAAAAUGGGCAGUGCACAUCUGCGCUACGGUAUCCAGCUUCUGGCUGAUAUUUCGGCGCCUAUGUCGCGAACGCCGAUGGCGCCCGGUGUACUUAGUCCGGCGGAGGACUUUGUGCAUGAUGCGCUUAUUGAUUCGUAUGCAAGGUUGACGGUCCAGUCAGCUAUGUUUGGUCAUGUCCCAUCACAUCUUUGUGUGAUUGUUCGCGAUCCGCAAGUUCAUGCGCUACCUUAUACAUUUUCCUCUCUUGUGGAGGCGAGACGGACCCUUGACGAUUUACUUAAUCGGAUCCAUUGUUUGAAGCGAUACAUUUAUACACACAAUUCGCACGAAAAUGAGGAUAACGACAUUGAAUACCAACCGGAAAAUGAUUUUAAAGCGUUCGAAACACAAUGCAAGAUUGUCGCGGAUUUGUCACUCUGGAAGAAGGCUUAUAAUGCAUCCAUCUCCCUCCUCAAGGCAGAGUCUCAGACAGAAAAGAUUGGGUUCCUGCUUCUCCGGGUAUAUCAUGAAAUGGCCGUGGUCAUGGCUUCAGUCUGUCUUUCCAGUGAGGGGAGAUGGUCUUCGACGCAUACACGAGAGAUAGAUCGAUCAUUACAGAAUGGCGAGUCGAAAUGUGAGGGUUAUUCGUUCACGAUCGAGUCCGGCUUCAUCCCACCGAUGUACUAUACAGGGCUGAAGUGUCGUAUUCCGAGGAUUCGUCGCUUGGCGAUUCGGUUGUUGAGGGCAGCACCGCACCGGGAGGGCGUGUGGAAUGGCCCGCUGUUGGCAGAUGUUCUUGAAGAGGUUGCAGAGGUGGAAGAGGGCUCUUCUUACACGGAGAAUUAUUCUAAACAGGAUCCAGGUGAGGAAUUCUCUGAUGGUGAUUUUCAUUUUGGGAAAGCGGAUUUGCCUUCGCCAGAGGUACGGGCCGAGUCGCGAGUUCAUGAUGUUAAGGUUCUCUUACCUGAUAUCGUUGGCGAAGACACAUUUAUGAGUUAUGAGCAGAAGGGGGAUGAUGGUCAGUGGGAAUCUUUUCAUCGGAAGGUCAAGAGGAAGGGCGUUACGAAACAUUGGACGUUAUUUUAA